AUGUCUAGAUUCGAGCAGGGAGGUGGUGGGCCAAUGACAGAUGCAGAUCAAAUACACAACAAUUCGGGUAUCGAGCAGGAGAAAAUUAUCAAUGAGCCUACCUUGAGAACAAGCGCGGAUCAGCCUUCAGAGGAUAUCAAUGAAGGGAAAAAGAUCAAGCGUGAAGGACCAUACAUACAGCCUGCAGAGCCUACGCGAGGCCUGUCACAAAGCCAGAGUGCAGAGAUCGCAAUACCAGGAGAUGAAGAAGCCCUGGAUUCAGAUCGAGCACCCAUUGAGCGUCUGGGGAGGGAACGACCUGCUAAAUUCAAGUCUUCUGGAGCUGAGCUUGCCUUCUGCUACUCUGUUAUAGCCUCGCAGUUCAUGUCGGAAUACUUCGUCUCUGGUUUCAACGUAAUCCUACCAACCUUGAUCAAGGACCUCUCCAUACCGCAAGCUUCUGCCGUCUGGCCUGCGAGUGCCUUUGCCCUGGUCUCUGCCGCCUUCUUCCUCCCCUUCGGCCGUCUGGCAGACAUGUAUGGUGGAUACCCGGUCUAUCUCUUUGGCUUGGUCUGGUUUACAAUCUGGACUAUCAUAGCGGGUUUCGCUCAAACCGAUUUGAUGCUGGAUUUUUGUCGAGCGCUUCAAGGAUUAGGCCCUGCUGCUUUUCUUCCGUCGGGUGUGAUGUUGAUCGGAAGCACGUACAGACCUGGACCCCGAAAGAAUCUGGUCUUCAGCAUUUACGGCGGCGCGGCGCCACUGGGAUUCUUUGCCGGUGUUUUUAUCGCUGGCGUGACUGGCAGUUUUCUUCAAUUUGGAUGGUACUUCUGGAUAGGAGCCAUGUUAGUCUCCACUACGAUUGUGGCAGCGAUAUUUGCGAUACCAAACGACAUUGAAGAGCGGAAGGCUAUGGGCGUUCAAAUGGACUGGCUUGGCUCCAUCUUCAUUGUGUCAGGCCUGAUCCUGGUAAUCUUUGCCAUCACUGACGCUUCCCAUGCGCCAGAUGGGUGGAGGACGCAAUACAUCUAUGUCACCCUUACUGUGGGUGCCUUGCUCAUUGGCAUCUCCUUCUACAUUGAAGGAUGGGUGGCCGCAAAUCCGCUGCUACCUUUCGAUCUUUUUCAAGUACCAUAUCUCUCAGCCUUAUUCGUGGCUUUGUUCUUUUCGGACGGUGUGCUGGGGAUCUUCCUUCUUUAUGCUACGCUCUAUAUGCAAGACAUCAUGGGAGCUUCUCCCUUACAGGUGGCAGCAUGGUAUGUUCCGAUGUGUGCUGGAGGUUGUAUGAUCUCCAUUGUUGGAGGUUAUAUCUUGCAUCUACUCCCUGGCACCGUGCUGAUGCUGAUUGGUGGAGGGGCAUGGGUUGGAAACUCUCUCCUUUUCGCCCUGGCACCGGAAGGCGCCAAUUACUGGGCGUUCAUUUUUCCUGCUAUGAUCUGUGCUACUAUGGGAAUCGACAUCAUCUACAACGUCGCUAACAUAUUCAUCACGACCAGUCUUUCACAGAGCCGUCAAGGGCUUGCAGGAGCACUGAUCAAUAGCCUUCUGUACCUGGGCAUUGCGUUUCUCCUCGCUUUUGCGGAUGUGAUUCAGACUGGGACAAGGGAUGUGGGACUGAAGCGGAGCUACCAAUCGGUCUUCUGGUACCAGUUUGCCUGCUCAGUUCUGGCUCUGGUCAUCAUGAUCGGAUUCGUUCGAAUUAGAAAGGCGGAGAGCGAGAUGACUACAGAUGAGAGGGCUGCCCUCGAGGUCCACAGAUCUAGGUCUAGAUAG